GACUAUUUAAGUGGCUGUCCCACCACCAGUCUCAUUUCCCAACAGGAUCUCCCACCAUCCCAGCUUUUUUGUACAGGCUCCAGCCUCUGCUCAUCCAAGUUGCAGGAUGUCGAUGACAGACUUGCUCAGCGCUGAGGACAUCAAGAAGGCGUUAGGAGCCUUUGCUGCUGUGGACUCCUUCGACCACAAAAAGUUCUUUCAGAUGGUGGGCCUGAAGAAAAAGAGCCCAGACGAUGUGAAGAAGGUGUUCCAAAUUCUGGACAAAGACAAAAGCGGCUUCAUUGAGGAGGAUGAGCUGGGGUCCAUUCUGAAGGGCUUCGCCCCAGAUGCCAGAGACUUGUCUGCUAAAGAAACAAAGACGCUGCUGGCUGCUGGAGACAAGGAUGGGGACGGCAAGAUUGGGGUUGAAGAAUUCUCCUCUCUGGUGGCUGAAAGCUAAGUGGCGCUGACUGCCUGGGUCUCCUCCCACCUCUCCGCCACCCCCAACGCCCCAUCUCAGCCCUUCUUGUGGCCCUCCUGAGUUUCUGUUCAGUUUGUUUAUGUUAUUUUUUACUCCCCCAUCCUCUAUGGCCCUUGAAUGACACCAUUCUUCUGGGAAAUGCCGGAGAAACAAUAAAGGCUGUACCAAUUGGACACCA